AUGUCGAAACAUUCGGAUUGGAACGCACCCGACGUGGAGGCUCGGGCGAUCUCGAUCCCUGGCAACUCUAGACGCAAUCGCUUUUCUCUCCGCAAUGCAGCGUGGGCGCUUGUGGGGGCUGGUCUUGCAGCAUCUGGAUUCUAUCACUAUUCCUCUCAACACAAAACCCCACGGUCGCAUCUACAUCUUCUUCCUGAGACCGGAGGCAAUUUCGCACCUUGCCGAGGCCAUGAAGAUUCCGACCGUUUGAAAAGUUUCCAGCAGUGUGCAAUUGACAAUCUUCUGAAUACCGGUCUGCCCUUUCUGGAAAAUGCAUCGCCCAUUACCGUUGAUGAUUUCGAGGAACGCCGUCAGCGGCUGGCUGAGGCCUUGGUGGCUGAAGAUGUCGAUGCAUUUGUAGUCGAACCGGGCUACACUUUCAAGUAUUAUGGCAACGUGAGCCAACCUGAGUGGGAAGUAUGGGAGCCCGAAGAACGCCCAUUCCUGAUGGUUGUGCGCCCAUUUUAUGACCAAACAGGCAGUGUCAAGGCUAACACGACUUUUCUCUGCCCAUCAUUUGAGGCUGAGCGAGCGCGACUCCUUGGAAUGCCAUUUACCGAAGCCAUUCAAAUUGUGCCAUGGGAAGAGCACUGGGAUCCCUAUACCAUUCUCCAGGAAUCCGAUGUGUUCUCCGAUCUGACUCGCACCCCUCGGUUGAUGGUCGAUGAAGAAAUGCGAGACUUCAUCCAACGAGGACUGGCAUCAGUCGGAUUCGAUGUUGUGGGGUUGGGAGGCCACGUUGAAGAGGUUCGCCAGAUCAAGAGCGCAAGCGAGGUUGAGAUUCUCCGCGCCGUUAACACAGGAACUGUUGAAGCGGUACGCCAGAUGAGAAAAUGUCGUUGUCUAUACCCUGGUCUGACUGAGAAUCAAAUUGCUGCAGCCCUAGAUGAUGCUCUGCGGGCAGCUGGAAUGGAACCAUUCUUCGAUAUUGUACUAUUCGAUGAGAAUGCAUCGAAUCCCCAUGGGGGUACCAAUGGAACAAAGGUUCUUGAAGCCGAGACGUUUGUAUUAAUUGAUGUUGGGGCCCAUCUGUAUGGUUACUCCUCCGAUAUUUGUCGCACUUUCUUCCCCCCAUUUUUUGAGAAGCCGUCGGAGAACGAGAAGACCCUGGCCCCGCACAUCGCGGAGAAACUCAAGGUCUGGGAUAUUGUCUUUGAAGCACAGACGCAAUCAAUUCACCAGUUCCGAGAGAAUUACACUGCCGCGAGUGUGGAUAUCGCUGCGCGCAACGUGAUUGACGGAGCCGGGUAUGAGGGAACUUUUACUCAUCGCCUCGGCCACGGGAUCGGAAUCAAGGCCCAUGAAAGCCCCUAUCUCAACAAGGGAAACCACAAGACUCUUCUCAAGACCGGAAUGGCUUUCACUUCCGAGCCCGGUAUCUAUCUAGUUGACAAGUUCGGUGUCAGACAUGAGGAUAUUCUUCUUGUCCAGGGCGACAACGAGCCUGAGCUGCUGACUGGAAGCAGGGCCGUUGGACCAUGGAACCCAUGA